AUGGACGAGGAGGCUUCUCGGGCCCUGGUUAACUGGUCCAACGAGCAGGACAGCCUACUCGAGCCAGACAGUCAGCGGAUAGCCAAUGGUAACUCUCCGUCUCCAGCAGACGUUGUGCAAGGGGGCAUUGUCUCCCGUUUUGCCGCUCCGCUCUCCCUCGUCCCUCCCAGCCAAUGGGCUGGCCUUCUUGUGCGACCUGUCAACCUUCCUCCCAAAGAUCCCGGUGGCUUUGCCGUAUCUGGCGCCAAUGUGGAGGGCCUGUGUGGCAACAAGCCCAUCAGUCCACAGAUGGCGGCAAAACUGCCUGAGUACUUGCGGCAGUGUGGGGAUUCCAAGGAUGCUGUGUCCUAUGCGACCUUUCUCAAAUAUGUGUGCACGAAUGAAUACUCUGAGACCUUACGGCAUCACGGAAUUAAUGAGAACUUGCCUCUGGUUUCCACCUGCCGCAUAUCCCGACACCUUAACGCGGCCAAU